AGGGGAGCGAGGGCGCGGGCAGGGCGGCCGGCGGAGCGCCGCGAUCAAUAAGUGCGCUGACGUCAGUCGGCGGGCGCGCGCCAUUGGCCCGUCCGGCAUUAUUAAAUAAACCUCCGAACGGAGUGGCGCUCGAACGUCGCGCCGCGGGCACAGCACCGCAUCGCGGCGGGCCCGCGCACCCGCGCAGCGCUCGCGGCCUGCCGCCGCCUGCACGCCAUGGCCGACAUGCCGGACCUGUCGCACCUCACGCCCGAGGAGCGCGCCAUCAUCGAGGGCGUCAUGCUGCGCCAGCGGCAGGAGGAACAACGGGAGCACGAGAUCAUGAGGCGUAAACAAGACGAAGUGGCCGUGCUGGAGCAGACGAUACGCACUAGGAACGAAAUGCAACGCGCGGCGGGUGUUGAGCUGGCCGCUACGUGCCACAUCUGCCUCAAGACCAAGUUCGCGGACGGAGUGGGCCACUCGUGCCAUUACUGCCGCGUCAGGUGUUGCGCCCGUUGUGGCGGAAAAGUUACCUUACGCUCUAACAAGGUAAUUUGGGUAUGUAUAUUAUGUCGCAAAAAACAAGAACUGCUAUCUAAGACCGGACAAUGGAUACACAAAAGCGCCGGACAAGAUGCCAUGUUGUGGCGCAUGGAAUCGGACCUACACGGGCUAGUGUCGCCCGCUGAUUCCACCAUUGACAAGAGACCUAAACUGGAAAGAGCCCACAGCGCCGCGGAGAAAGAGAACCUGCCGCUUCAGCGCUCGGGAAGUGCAUUGAGGCGCCAGUACAGUCAGCAGGAGCCGCGCUGCUACGGUGAGCUGGAGGGGCUCGCGCGCACGCACCCGCACCUGGUGCACCCGCGCCAGAAGGCGGCGUACGGCGUAGAGGAGCCGCCCUCGGCUUCGCAGCUCGCGCCGCACUCCCUCGCGCACCCGCUGCCGCCGCGCUCUUCCUCCUCCGACGACGAGGCCCCGGAGUGCAUCUCUGACGAGAACGACGAGUAUCGCGAUCGUGGACAACUAGAGGCGUGCGCGACGCUACGGCACCCACACCUGCGCAGCGCCAGCGUAGUAGCCAACAAUUAUUACAAUUUGACUAAUCAUGCUGCAAGCACAUACGAAGCGGAGGCGCGCGGUAUGUUCGAUUUACGACCUGCGCCCACCGGUGGACGCAGCUUCGACUCUGUCACGGACUGCCGCUGGCGCGCACGCGACGACGGCGAGGGCGCCUACCUGCGCCCGCUCGCGCUCGCCGAGGGCCCGCGCCCGGACCGUGCCGUUUAUAAGAGUGCCUAUCUGUGGGAAGACUCCUCUGACAACCGACGCUUUACCGAGAGGAGAAAAAAAACAGUCCGCUUCGACGGACACGAGGGCGCUGCGACAUUUCCGAGGGGCGGUCGCGACGCGUCUGGCGCACCCCACGACUGGGCCUCGCUGCGCUGGGAGUCUGAGCGCCAGACCAGCCAGGACUCCGCUACUAAAGACUCGGGCAUCGAUACCUCUAGCACCUUCACCUCCAGCGAAGACUCGAACAGGGGCGACUGCCCUAAGUUCCCGCUGAGCUGGCAGGUGUCGACCGACGGCUCGCGCAUGGUCGGACACAUGGUGUUACGCAAGAGUGUCGUGGAAGGCAGCGGACACUCCUCCGCCGCCAUCUUGGGCCUUAAGGUCGUAGGGGGCAAGAUGCUGUCCGAUGGCACACGCGGCGCCAUCGUCGAGAAAGUCAAGAAGGGCUCCAUCGCGGACUUGGAGGGCCAACUGAGGACAGGCGAUGAGGUGCUGCAAUGGAACGGAAUGCCCCUGCAAAACCGCAGCGCGGAGGAAGUGGCGGCGGUGGUGGCGGACAGCAAGCACGACUCACACGUGGAGCUGCUCGUGGCGCGCCCGCUGCCCGCCGCGCGCCCCCUCGCUCCGCAGUGGAGGACACACAAAGAAGUGUACACGGAGGUGAUGGGGGGAUGCGAGAACCCCAGCGUGCUGGUGACGUCGCCCGGCUCGCCCGACGUGCACGCGCGUCGCCGCCCGCGCCACCACCAUAGCGCACACGUCGCCGGUCGGAUACAGUUGAAAGUAUACUUGGACAUCAGCGCCCUGCAGCUGGUGUUAACAGUAGUGUCGGCCAGCGGGCUCUGCCCCCGGCCGGACGGCACCACGCGCUGCCCGUACGCGAAGAUCUUCCUGCUGCCCGACAAGAGCGAGAAGAGCAAACGGCGGACGAGGACUCUCGCCAACACGCUGGAACCAAGGUGGAACCAGACCUUCGUGUACUGCGGCAUACGUAUCACCGAUAUAAAGAAACGGAUAUUGGAGGUAACAGUUUGGGAUCUGAACCGCUAUGGGCCAAACGAUUUCCUGGGUGAAGCCCUCCUGGACUUGGACACGGUGGUGAUGAAUAACGAGCCCUGCUGGUACCCUUUAAAGCCACAUGAAGAAAACUCCAGUUUUAGCCGCUACCGCGAAGAGGAAGCGGACGGCGAGCACCUGUCGCCGCCGUCGACGUCCACGUCGCGGCUGUCGGACUCGGACACGCCCAGCGAGUGCGACCUGCGCCGCCACCACUCGCUGUCCAGCCUCGCGUCCAGCUCCAGCCCUCCGCCGCCCCACGAGCGCAUGGAGACGGAAGGCGCGCGCUGCAGCCGUCGCGACAUGUCGCCCGCCGGGCGCGUGCGCGCCGCCGGCAUGACCAGGGACAGAAGCGGCGGCUACAGCACGGGGCGGUCGCAGUCGGCGGCGGCGGGCGCGCGGCCGGCGCGCGCGCGCAGCAAGUCGCCGCGGCGCUCGCUGUCCCCGCCAGCCGACCGCGACGGCUCGUGGCGCUACACAGUGUGCGAGGAGCGCGAGGCGACGCGCCUCCCCACUCACGCGUACGCGCCGCGGUUCCAGUCGCGCUCCGCCACCGCCACGCCCACCACCAGCCCCAAGAAACGACAGCUGCCUCAAAUACCCCACCAGAGUGCACAACGAGCGGUCCGCGCGCAGGUGUCGGCGGACCUAGAGGAACGUAAGUGGAUCGCCCCGCACCACAUUGGCGCCACACUCACCUACCGAAGCACGCCACAAGGUUGGGAGCGGCACUACGCGGGGUUGUCAGACUCCGAGCUGGCGGCGCGCGGUGGCGGCUGGCCGCGGCGCCGGCUGUCGCCCGACGCCGCCGCCGCCGAUUCCGACCUCGAGUCCGUUGGCUCCGUCACCUCCAGCGCCUUCAGCACGCAGUCUGAGCGACCACGACCUACGCGCAUGCUCAGUAAUGACUACGGAGGGCGCGAGAACGGGCGCAGCGGCACCCAGACACAGCCGCUGGAGAGAAGAGAGUCGCGCAGAGGCCAAUUCACGCGAAGCCUCAGCAACGCAGACGUACCGCCGGAUGAAAAAGCAGACGGCAGCCUGAGCGACACGGCGCUGGGCGGCGCCAGCGAGAUGGAGCCCAGUAGUGACGACGUGCUGUUGAAAGCGGAACCCCGAGACUACUUCGGUCCCGGCAUGGGCAAGAAGAGCAACUCCACUUCGCAGCUGUCCGCCACAGGACGAAAACGGAGGUUAGGGUUCGGUAAACGUGGAAAAAAUUCAUUCACGGUACAACGCAGUGAAGAAGUGGUGCCAGGAGAGAUGCGAGGAGGCGCUGUGGGUGUGUCGCGGGCCUCCUCCGCCUCCAGCGAGAACGACGAGGACAGAUGGUCACCCGGCAUGCGUGGGUCGGGCUCGUCGGAUGGCGGUGGCCUGUCGGACUUCAUCGACGGCCUAGGUCCCGGACAACUAGUUGGACGCCAGUUGCUAGGGGCGCCUACGUUGGGCGAUGUCCAACUUUCCAUGUGCUACCAAAAAGGCUUCCUUGAGGUGGAGGUAAUUCGCGCUCGUGGUCUUCAGGCCCGGCAGGGCUGCCGCACUCUUCCAGCGCCUUACGUGAAGGUAUACCUCGUCAGCGGCAAGCGCUGCGUUGCUAAAGCGAAGACCAGCACCGCCCGGAGGACCCUCGAUCCCCUCUACCAGCAGACGCUCACGUUUCGGGAAAAUUUUAAAGGAUGUGUAUUGCAAGUGACCGUGUGGGGCGACUACGGCCGCAUUGAAGGAAAGAAGGUGUUCAUGGGCGUGGCGCAGAUUAUGUUAGACGACCUCAACCUUUCCAAUAUUGUUAUAGGAUGGUACAAGCUCUUCGGGACUGUAUCUUUGUAACGGAGGGUUACCACCACCUUUAAGACGUUUGAACAACCUAUAUCAUCAGAAUAAAAAUUAAAUUGUCCAAAUAAUAAAUUUAGUGAUACUGCUUUAAUAUCAUGAUAAAACGCAAAAUAUCUUGAAUAUAGGAAAUUUUCUAUAAAACGAAAGUUACAAUUAUUUAUAUUAUCAUUUUUCUUGUGAAAUGCCUACCGGAGUUUUGAAUAGAUAGCAUUUUAUAGCAAUGAAACAAAUGUAUAGUGUACUCAAUAAUAUGUAAUUAAGUAUUAAAAUAAAAGCCAAAUUGCAA